ACUGAAACGCGCUUGUCGAUUCUCCUUCUCCCCCCCAGCUGAGGAGGAGCAGGAGGCUCAUGAUGCAACUCGUUCUCUGGAGGGGCCUGACCAACUCCACCGGCGAGCAGGCCAGCGCAUCCCUGGCCUGAAGCCCCCUCGCUGCAGGCUAAGGAUCUGCAGGUGGUGGCGUCGAGGCCCCCAAAAAAAAAUUUCCCCCCUGCCCCUGGCCUGCAGCCCCCUCGCUGCAGGCUGAGGAUUGGAAGGUGAUGGCGUCGAGGCCCCCCCAAAAAAAGCCUCCCCCAUCCCCCGCAGGCGCCUCUGCCCGAGCAUCUCGGCGCCGGGGCGGCCCCGCGCACCAGUGGCCGGCCGCGCCCCCGCGGGGCCCCGGGAGCGGCCGAGGCCGGCGGCGCCGCGCCGAGGCCGCGCCGACGGGAACGCGGGCUCCGCGAUGUACGAGCUUUGCCAGGAGCACAAGGUUCGUGCCCUCGAGCUGGGUAUGCAGCAGGAGUUCCUGACGCCUCCUCACAUCCGGGCGCCAGCGCGACAGAGAGUCGAAGCGGCUGGCGGGUUGGUCCCUCGGGCCUCUGGAGACGCGGACGCCCCGGCCAUGCCGGUUUCGCAGCGCAGGCUCGCCGACGAACUCGAGGAGUCGCGGAGGCGCGGCGAGGCGCUGGAGCGCCAGCUCCGCGUAGCAGCCUCGGAGGCUUUCGCCGCGCAGGCGGCGCUCGAGUGCUGCGCGGCGCACGCGGCAGGGCAGCCGCCGGAGCCGGCGGAGCAGGCGGGCGCCCGCGGGAGUGCCGAGUCGGACGCCGCGGCGCUGGCGCGGGCGCUGGUGCUGUCAGAGGACGCCCUGCGGCUUUCGCUCGGGGGGCGUGGGGAGCCCCCGCCGCGCCAGGACGGGGAGCUCAGCCCGGCCUCGCCCUGGAGGGUCCCGGGCGCGGCAGGCGGGACGGACGAGCUUCUGGAGGCGGAGCGCGGCCGCCGCGGGCCCGAGGCUGCGACGCUCUCGCGGGCGCGCGGCGACGCGGCGAGGAGCUGACGCGGGAGCUGGCCGCGCUCCAGGAGGCCUUGCGCGGGGGCGCACGGUGCCAAUCUCAAGCGUGACCUCCUGGGAGCGGUGUGCACUGCCAGCAUCCGUGCUGAACAUGGUUGAACAUGCACUUGUCAUUCUUCCCUACGUGCCUGACCAUGGGCACUUGCACCCCCAAGCGCGGCCUCAGGCAUGGCCAGCAAACCUCAGAGGAUCAGCACGCCGCCCCUCGCCUCUGUGGCCGCGCCCGAGCUUCGUGACCACGCCUGAGAUCAGCAGCGCUGCCGCGCUCCAGGAGGCCACCCGCGGGGGCUGGCGCGGCGCCGCCGCCGCGGCGGAGGCCGCCGCCGAGGCCCGGGAGGCGGAGCAGCUGGCCGGCGCGCUCGAGGGGGCGGCCCGCCAGGCUCGCCUGCUGGCCGCCUCCUUGGACGGGAGGCCCGCACGGUGAGCGGAGGCCAGCACUCGCCGCAGCGGGCGGCUUGCGGCGGGCCGCUCGGCGUCGGGCGCGGCGGGGGGGAGCCCUCUGCCGAGCUCGCGCUCGACAUGGGCGCGGCUCCUCCUCCUCCUCCUCCUCCUCCUC